AUGAAAAUCGCUUCGCAAAUCGGCCUUCUUGCUGUCUGCCUCGACGCUGCUUCCUUGCCAACUGAAUUGACAAGCAUCCAGCCGUACAACUACGAUGAGAGCAGCUACGAUUCCCUCGAUCAAAGGAAGGUGCCAAAUCGUCAUCCAAAAGCGCGACUUCGAACACUCGAGGCAUUUUCAUACGAACUUUUGGAUAAGUGGUUUGAUCACGUUCCUUCACAGGAUAACUGGAAGAUGAAAUUCGCCACGAACAUCCAAAGAAUGCGAUCAGCGUUCGACAGAUGUGGUUUCUACGACCCAAGCCUUCCCCACGGUGGUCCAGAAGAACGAUUCGACGAUGAGGAAAAUCUACGACUGGAUAAUGUUGACCCGAGAGUUGGAACCAAACAACUUACGACGGGACUUUCAAAAUGGGCUCAACGAUACUUGGACAGCUGCAAAGGGCAACGAAAAAACAACCACCAAGUGAACAGAAUGAAAAAGUGGAACAAACUGCUGAACAGACAUCUUAACAACAUUGGAAUGCCAUUUUAG